AUGCAGGUAAAGGUUGAGGAUCUGGGCCGAGCGGACGUGAAGAUACUGACUCGGAUACUCUACCUGGAUAUAAACAAUUUCCAAGAACGAGAAACCGCUGUUAAACUAAUCGCUGAACUGCCUUCAUACCUUCGCCGAUCGAGGAUUCUGUCACUGGUGAUAGAUAAACUAGGCAUCUUGCCAGAGCCCUCCAGUUCGGCGUGCUUCACCCACAAGUCGCUUAAUAGGGAAAUAAUCCACGCAAUUUGUGGAUUUAUACGGACAGAGGUAGGCGAUGGCCUCAACUGGCUGGCGACGAACCAAACAAAGCUCUCGCCGGAGCAGAGGCGCAUGGUGCAUGACCUGCGAACGGUAAACGGUCUGUGGAUGACAAGACAGUCAGUGGAGAGGGAAUACCUCAUCCGACCAUCGUUCACAUGGUUCUAUCAGGGCGAUGGAUGCGAGGCGUGCAUGAUCGGUCGAUUUGCGAGAGACCGAGCGGUCUUGACAGAUAUGCGAACAGUUCUCCUGAGCCGAAUAGGUCGACGGAAAGCGAGGGCGUUGCCCCCGCUAGUGCGGUGGGUAGAAGAGUUCAUGAGCUGCCAUGGACCGUCUAGUUUGGAGAUGUUCCUGUUUAGUGGUGAAGAUGCGUUGAAGUUAAAAGCGUUGAGGAGGGAUAUCAAGUCGAUAUCAUCCCAGGGGUAUAGCCCAGACGCCAACCCUGGAAGGUUGAAGAGAGCGGAGAGUAACGUUACUCCUCGGCCGAGCAGAUGGGUAUCAAUCAAUACACGCCAGGGGACCCGAAGACCAAGAUCGUUCAUAGCAGACCGGCAGCGGGAGAGUGAUUCUCAAGCACCACACAACGAGAACGACGCCGAGAAUGAAAUCAUCGAUUGUUAUAUAAAUGACACCCUGGAGGAUCCAGAUCCAGUGCGAGCCACAGAAAGUAAACGAAAGCCAGAGCUGGAGUCGAGAAGAAGAUGUAUAAGUAGUAUGACUAAAGGGCAUCUAACGGGGAGUGAAAUGCUUCAGAGAAGCCAGUCCCUGAGGACAUAUAUAAACACUUACUCUGAUCCAAGACACAAUUCCCAAAUCAACCCUGAUAGUCCCCUUGGAGUACCCGACUCAAGGACAGCAGAUAGCAACGACGCCUUGCUAACGCAGAGAAGAAAGCCCGCUAAGCAUGCAAGAACGAAUUACGAAAAAAGAAGCAAUGCGAAAUUCGAUCAAUACUUCGAUCUUCAAACUCCUCUGGCGACAUGCAAUGGCAGCGGCAUGACACGCUCGCACACCACCAAAACAAGCAAAGAGUAUGCAACGGAGUACCGAACACUGCUGGGCGAAAGGAGUCGGGUUGUCUGCUACUCCCCUUCGAACUACAGCCGGGUGACGCUGGAUGAAGCGCCUAUUGAUAAGGGCGAUGUCGAGGGCGAGGGCCAGCGGCAGGGACUGGAAGACAAAAUGCGGCCGAUUUCCGAGGCGACGACUCAUUGGAGCAUGAUGGAUCAAGCCGACAUUCUGAGUCCGCCUAUUCGGCCAAUCCCUCCAUUAAGAAUCCGCAAGGAAAAGCGAAAAAUCGGAGUCCAAAUAUAG